UUUUUUUCCCUUUUCUUUUCUCAUAUUUGACUUUUACUAGCCACAAUUCUUCCUUUUAUCCAUCUUCAGCCCUUUCUUUCCCCUAGCUGCAACGUACUCUUGAUUAUUCGCUGUUGAUCUAAUUAAAGCACUAGUAUACUCAAAAUACAUCACUAAGUAUUAUGAAUCGAGGCGCUUUUGACAUACAGCCGAUUGGCCGCUUCUAUGGAUCCAAUACUACGAUUCGCCGUCCUAAGGAGAUCACUUGCUUCUCAUAUGACGACCAGCACUCCUUUCACUUAGGGGAUUCGUCUCUACGAUACUACUAUCCGCCACGUCUUCCUGCAGACUUGAAUCGCGGUUAUGAUACUUUCCAAAAGCUGGAUGAUUCAGCAGAUGAGCAUCUAGAUGCUCUACUAGAAACGAUCAUGGCCUUAGAAAAAGAGACAGGAACGAAAUGUGAGGCUGACAUCAUCACCUGGAGGGGAAUGAUGACCAAAAUACUGACGGCGCCAUUCGACAAUUUAAAUGGAUUCGAAAUGAAUGCGACCCGGUUCCAAGACACCAUAUUUAUUGAAGAGAACAAUCUCUACAAGAACCAGCAAAAACAGUUACAAAAGAAUCAAAGAAUGCCCCCAGGGAUGCCUUCUCAGGAUAUGAUGGCCUAUUGGGGGUACAAAUUCGAAACACUAUCUCUUCUCAACCAGCCAUGGGACUCAACGACCCGUGAAGAGAUCGAAUCCCGGGAUGAGCUAGUUGUGAACAACAACGCCCAAUACUGCUCAAUUGUACGUACAGGAAUAGGCAAGACGCGACUGAUAAUCGGGGGCGAGGUUGAUGCCGUUUGGGACUGCAAGCCUGCUCGAAAGGAAGACAGUAUCCACUGGGUGGAACUCAAAACAUCUGCAGAGAUAAGGAAUGAUCGAGACAUGGUGAAAUAUGAGCGGAAACUACUGAAAUUUUGGGCACAGUCGUUCUUGCUUGGUGUUCCUAAAAUCAUUGUAGGUUUUCGUGAUCAGCGUGGUAUCAUCCAUCGCUUAGAAGAGCUUGAGACUGCCAGCAUACCAAAUAAAGUCAAAAACGCUGGUAGGGGUACUUGGGACGGGAACAUUUGCAUUAAUUUCACCAGUACUUUCCUCGAAUGUAGGAACUCCCAAGGUGUUUGAUAUCCUGUAUCGCAUACUAAUGAGCUUAAGGGUUAAAAUUUACUAUUAAUGGGGACGGGAUGUGGAGAAUUCGAAAGCCCGAGAAGUCAUCCAUUAUUGAAGUUUUCAGACUCGAAGAGAGUGGAACGGGUGAUAUAAUUUCGCCAUCAUUCUCAGCCUGGCGGUCAAGGACAUGAGGUCUGCCAGUCCAAGGCCAUGAGUUUGUCUCCAUCCGCCCAGUCGGAUUCCAGGAUGUUGAACUAUUACACGCGUCGAAAUUCAAGCCAAGUGUAUCCACCGGUCCUACUCAAGAUUUAGUAAUACAGCGAGAGACUGCGACCGAUUAGCUAGCUAUGAUAGUAAUGCUCGCAUUCUGUGGUGCCGCUCAAGCACUUACAGGCAGUAUGCAUGGCAACGUUU